UGAUAUCGUUGUUCAGGAGAAACAAGCACAAUAAAACGAAUUUCACCUUCUUCCUGCAUUAUUCGAUCUCAAAUGUGAUGCCAAAGUCCGACCACUUUACCCACCGGCGGGUGGUAGCUUCUCAAUUGAAGAGAUGUUCCGAGAGCUGAAAGAGCUCGAAUCUGUUUACGCAACAAUGCUCAAGAGGGAUUCCUACCAAGACUGUUUCUUAAUGAAUCAAUUCGUUAGUGUGUGCUCUACCUUAGGUCGAAUGGAUUCUGCUAUACUCGCCUUUGCCCACAUGGAAGAACCCAAUGUUUUUGUGUACAACGCCAUGAUCAGAGGCUUUGUUCGGUGUGCUUCCUCAAUUCAGGGUCUCCAGUUUUACUUACAGAUGUUAAGGGCAGGAGUCUCCCCCACAAGCUUUACGUUCUCAUGUUUAAUCAAAGCUUGUAGCCAUUUAUCUGCGGUGGGUUUUGGUGAAGCAGUUCAUGGUCACAUUUGGAACAAUGGUCUUGAAUCCCAUGUUUUUGUUCAAACUGCUCUGCUUGAUUUUUCUUCAAUCAUUGGUAAAACUCUCCAAUCCCGGAAGGUGUUUGACGAAAUGCCCGAAAGAGAUGCCUUUGCAUGGGCUUCAAUGAUUGCUUGUCACUUGCGGGUUGGAGACUUGGCUUCCACAGAGAAGUUGUUCAACGAGAUGCCUGAAAAGAACACUGCGUCUUGGAAUACCAUGAUUGAUGGCUAUGCUAGGUCUGCAAAUGUUGAGUCUGCUGCAGUCUUGUUCAAUCAGAUGCCUGUGAGGGAUCUGGUCACAUGGACAACCAUGAUCUAUUGUUAUUCACAAAACAAGCAGUUCCAGGAAGCACUGGGAGUCUUUCAAGAGAUGAAGAAUGCAGGGGUCAGACCUGAUGAAGUCACAAUGUCCACGGUGAUUUCAGCUUGUGCCCAUCUUGGAGCUCUUGAUUUAGGAAGGGAUAUACAUCUAUACGUGAUAAAAAAUGAGUUCAGUCUUGAUAUUUAUAUUGGAUCUGCAUUAAUUGAUAUGUAUGCAAAAUGUGGGAACUUGGAUAGAUCUCUUGUGGUCUUUUUCAAACUCAGAGAAAAAAGUCUAUUCUGCUGGAAUUCUGUGAUUGAAGGGCUUGCAUCUCAUGGAUACGCAAAAGAAGCAUUGGCCAUGUUUAGCUGCAUGGAGAGGGAGAAAGUCUUGCCAAACAAGGUUACUUUUAUUAGUGUCCUUGGUGCUUGUACUCAUGGUGGACUGGUCGAAGAAGGACGUCGUAGAUUUUUUAGCAUGACACAGGACUACUCGAUCUAUCCUGAAAUUGAACACUACGGGUGUAUGGUUGAUCUCCUGUGCCGCGCUGGCCUUGUUGACGAGGCACUGGGAUUGAUAAGAGGCAUGACAAUUGAACCAAAUGCAGUCAUAUGGAGGGCCGUUUUGGGUGGGUGUAAGCUUCACGGAAACUUUGAAAUAGCUCAAAUUGCAGUUGAUAAAUUGAUAAUUUUGGAGCCAGACAACUUUGGCUACUAUGUUCUUCUAAUUAACAUGUAUGCUGAAGCAAACCAUUGGAGUGAGGUUGCAAAGGUGAGGGCAAUCAUGAAGGAAAGAGGAGUAACAAAGAAGAGUCAUGGAUCUAGUUGGAUCGAAGCAGGGGUAGCAUCUGACAUAUCACACCCCAUUUCUGGUAAGAUUUAUAGUCUUGCAGAAUUAGAUGAGCAACUAAUGCUUACAGGCUAUGUACCAGAACUUGAGAGUUAAUUUCAUAGUAUUGAAUUCCUUCUUAAUGCUACAAGCCGAACAAAAACUUUCCAUACAAGCAAGUGAAGCUUAAAAGGAACCAUGCAAUCUUUAACUCGAGAGGGGGUGAGGAACCUGGACCAAGAGAGAACAAACAAUCAAACCGAAGCUCUAAAGAUGUGUCCUUGGCAU